GAGAGAGAGAGAGAGAGAUGUAGCACAAAUAAUUUGUUAGUCUGUAGUGGCACUACUAAAGACAGGAUGGGAGCAAGCAGUCUGCCUUGGAAAAUCAUCAUCUUCUCUAUGUUUUAUUCCUUAUGUGCAGCUCAUCAAAGGUAUAAAGGUCUUUAUCCUUCGGCGUUCAGGGUGAAGAGGGGUGCGGCUCCAUUGGUGAACCCUGUAUUUCAAAAAUCUGUCAGCGAUGUCAAUUUGCUAUUUGAGAUUCUUUUGGAUGGACCUCAACUUGAAGAUGAAGACGGACAGUUUUUAGUAUGGGACAGAGAACUAGCAUCUCUACGUAAAACACACAAGUUAGAAGUCAUCUGUGAGAACAUUAUUCCCAAGACGGUCCCAGAGGUGCGUCGACUGAUCUUUGCUCUCGCCCAAGGCAAUGGUGUUCUUAGGAGGGAAGACUUUGAACGCACAGUGCUGACUUUAGUGUACACAGCCAAUAAAAUAGCUCAGGCAAACACUGCACACCAAAAAGAUGUUUGGGCAGAGUGCUUUAUCAACCUCUACAAAGCCAUUAAACAUGACUUAACUCUCAGAUAA